AUGAGCAAAAAGUCGUCCGAGCGCAGUCCUCUCCUAUCCAACGGCGGCGAGUCCAGCGAGACUCCCCCGCAAAAGACGGGCGUUCGCUCCUCACGCGUCCGCGAGAUCAUCUUCUUCGUCUGGGGCCUCGUUGCCACGGCCGCCUUCAUCGUCGCUGCCGUCUGGAUCCAACAUGCCUCGCAAACCCAUCACAACGACAACCAGGUCGCUGCCAAGCGCAACCUGGUCUUCAUGGUCUCGGACGGCAUGGGACCAGCCUCUCUCGCCUUGACUCGAGGCUACCGACAGUACAUCCACAACCUCCCCGCAAACGACACCCUCACCUUGGACAAGCACUUUUGGGGUACCAGCCGCACGCGCUCCACCAACUCCUUGGUGACCGACAGCGCUGCCGGCGCAACCGCCUUCUCCUGCGGCCUCAAGAGCUACAACGGCGCCAUCUCGGUCCUCCCCGACUCCCAGCCAUGCGGAUCCGUCAUGGAGGCGGCAAAGAGGGCGGGAUACACAACCGGACUCGUCGUCACGACCGACAUCACAGAUGCCACGCCCGCCUGCUUCGCCAGCCACGUCCUGAGGCGAGAAAUGCAAGACUCCAUCGCGCUUCAAGAGGUGGGAGAGGGUGUUCUAGGCCGCUCUGUCGAUCUUAUGCUCGGUGGUGGUCGCUGCCAUUUCCUUCCCAACACCACAGAGGGCGGAUGUCGUGCAGACGACAUUGAUGUCACACGCUUGGCUCAGGAGAAGCACGGCUGGAACUACGCCAACGAUCGCCAAGGCUUCGAUGCCCUCGACGGCGGCAACAAGGUCAACCUUCCCUUCCUCGGCCUCUUUGCUGAGAGAGACGUGCCCUUUGAAAUCGACAGACAGAAGCAAAACGACGUGUACCCCAGCCUGAGCGAGAUGGCCACUGCCGCCCUGCGGGCCCUCGAAAAGGCAACCAAGCACUCCGACAAGGGCUUCUUCCUCAUGAUUGAGGGAAGCCGUGUCGACCACGCCGGCCACAACAACGACCCUGCUGCCCAGGUCCGCGAGGUGCUCGAAUAUGACAAGACCUUCAAGGCUGUCAUUGACUUCAUCGCCAACAGCGAGACCGAGACCGUCCUCGUGUCUACCAGUGACCACGAAACCGGCGGUCUCGCCACGGCCAUCCAGGAACCCGGCCAUUUGCCAGUGUACAACUGGUACCCCCGCGCUCUUGCCAGCGCUUCUUCAUCAACCGAAUUCCUCGCCGCCAAGCUUCGUGUCCACGCAGCAGCCUCGUCAUCCUCCAAAGCUGACCUCAAGAAGUGGAUCAACACGGAGCUUGUCGUCCCUGGCCUCGGCAUCUCCAACGCCUCUGAUGACGAACUCUCAGCCCUGGCAGACCACGCCGAAGCCUCGCUCGAGAUCUUCUCCGCCAUGAUUUCUCUCCGCGCUCACAUCGGCUGGAGCACACACGGCCAUACCGCUGUGGACGUCAACAUUUAUUCUUCUGGUGGCCCUGGCGCGGAUAAGAUCCGUGGCAACGUCGAGAACACGGACGUGGGUCGCUACUUGCGCCAUUACUUGGACGUUGACGUCGAGGGUAUCACCAAGGAGCUGAGGGAGAAGACGGCGAAGCUGGCAGUAGAUAUGCAGGCUGGGGAGAUGAGCAUUGACGUACCAUACCAUGCAUUGGAGGUGGUGGAAGCGUAA